AUGGCGGCCGCAACAAAAACAGCAGCUGCAUCGACAACAGACGAAGCGCAGCUGCCGCGCCGGCUGAAGGCGUCGCUGCUACCUGUCCGCGCAACGCUCGAUGCAGGACCCGACUUCUUCCUGGCGUCACGCCACGUCAGCGAGGAGGCGUCGCGGCGGUGCCUCGCCUCACUCUUCUCCCUCGCCUCUUCCCUGCACUCGCCGCAGCUUCCUUACUACAGCAAGUCGCUCGAAACGAGCCGGGCGCGGCAUGUGACGCCGGAGCAGGUGUGGGGACAGUUGAACAUGCUGCUGCGCCCAGUGCUGCGCCGCCUGCAGGACAACGUGCGGCGCGCGCAGAAGACAUUCAGCAGCGCCAGCUACGAACAGCAGCACGCCGGUGCCGUGCGACGCCAGACGAAGCGGCGACGGGAUGAAGACAACGAUAACAAUGAGGAGGGAGGGGACAAGGAUGCGCUCUCGACCAAGACGUCAGAGAUGAGCGAGAGCGACCUUGACGAGGAGAUCGCGCAGCUCCUAGCAGUGCAGCAGCAGCGGCGGCAGCAGGCGAAAAGUGGUUCGAAGGGCGCUGACGGCGACCACGCGUGGCGCUACGCCUUCGGGAAGGGCAAUGAGGACGACGACGAGGCGGAGUGGGGCGGCGAGAAGGACGAAGAGGAUGGGAAUGAUGAGGAUGAUGAUGAUGACGGGGAUAACGCACGCAUCCGCCGCAGGCACGCGCGGGCGAUGACGGCGGCGGCGGCGAAUGGCGACGAGGACGAAGAUGAUGAUGAUGAUGAUGAUGGUCAACGCGGUGAGGAAGAGCUGGCGGCGCUGCGGGAAAUGUACGGUGAGGACUUCGUGCCGGAGGACGACGACGACGACGGAUCCGCGGCAGAGGCGGGCGGUGACGAGGACGACGACCCACAGCUGGAAGAGGACCUCGCGUGGGACGACCCGAGCGCGCCGUUCAACGAGCGCGACGGGCAGUACUGGGGCGGCGACGAUGACAUCCUUGCCGACGACGGCACCGCGCAGCACGAGCAGCAGCGGCAGCAGGAGGACGAUGAGGACGACGCGGAGCUCAACGACCCCAGCUUGACGGAGCUACAGCGGGAGCGGCUGCGCGAGCGGCGACUGGUGUCGCGGCUGGAGCAGGAGCGGCUCUACAAUACGCAGUGGGCGAUGGCCGGCGAGGCGAGCGGCAACAGCCGCCCACGCGACGCGCUGCUGGACGAGGCG